AUGCGAGCCUUAGGGAAAAUUUGGGAUACUGUACAAAAAGGUGUAAGGUGGUCGGUCGGAGACGGUAAACAAAUAAAAUUCUGGCAGGACCGUUGGUUACACUUUGACGUAACAUUACUUCAAGUUUGCACGGGCGUCGUCCCACAACCCUUCAUAAACUGGACAGUAUCAAAUUAUGGCACCAAUGAUGGACAGUGGCGUUGGAACCUUUUUUCGCAUUUAUUGCCGGCCAACGUACUCCUCCGAAUUGCAGCAGUGCCGCCGCCGGGUGCCUCGAGUGAACCUGACCUGAUGUACUGGGGCUUUUUGGCGAAUGGCCGUUUCACGACAAAAUCAGCUUAUGAUUCCCUUUCCGGUGACGGGACUACGACGGACUCUUGGUUGUGGCGAGUAAUCUGGAAAUGGGUUGGCCCCCAAAGGAUACGACAAUUUAUGUGGCUGGUGGCAAAAAAUUGCUUAAUGACGAAUUCUGAACGAUUCCGUCGACACUUUGUUUCCUCGCCUACAUGUGAGUUGUGUGGUUCCGCCCCAGAAACUUUAUUGCACACCCUACGGGAUUGUCCGAAGGCGACCCAAAUUUGGAGGACCCUCAUCCCAGGUAAUAUGCUCCCAGCUUUUUUCUCUUUGGACUUAGUACAGUGGCUAGGGUAUAACCUUUGUUCGGUUGCUGCAAAUGAAAUGGUGGAAUGGAGUAGCUUUUUUGGGGUCACAAUGUGGAGAAUUUGGAAUGGGUGA